AUGUCAGUUACGAAAUCGCACCAUAAUCUAGACGUGGUAAGCUUUUCAUCUCAAAAUCAUCGAAAAAAACUAGAUCUAUCCAUCAGGUUCACCAUGGAAUUGUGUUAAUCAGUGACGGAAGCUCAACAUCUCGUCCCUCUCGAUUACUGUUGUCAAAAGGUGAGUGAAAAGGCGAGAAACUAAGCGGAAAACUAUCAAUUUCUGAGUGAAAGCAUUUUUCACGCGGUCCCCCGGGGAGCAAUGAAACGCAAUAUUUCGGGCAAAAGAGUGGAGAGAACGUUCUGGAACGAAAAAGAAGAACGAGAAAAGAGAAUGAAAGUGGGAACUCCCCAUCGUGUGAAAACUUUAUUGGGCUCCGUCGUCUCAUGGUGCGGAAAUUGGCGUCUAGUAUACAAUUGAGUUGUUGGGAAGGAGAAGAAGAAGAAGAAGGAGAAGGAGAAGAAGCGAGUCCGCUCGUCUCUUCCGCCGCUCUUCCAGAACUAGGCGACGAGCGGCAACGCGAAAAAAAAGGAAAAAAAAAGAAGAAAAAACACGCGACGACGCGAAAGUUUGGGGCCCGUAACGACUCCUCCCCUCUUUUUGCAGAUGAAUUAUGUAUUCAAGUCAUUGACGAUGGUACUGCCGAGCCAGAGGAGGCCAAAGAAAUUUUUAUGGAGAAUGCGACCCGCCAAGUGGUCAUAGUCAAGAAGCCCGACUCGGGAUUCGGAUUGUCCAUCAAAGUGAGCACGGGACCAGCAAAACACAAAUAAAUGCAAAAUCUGAGGGAUUAGUUCUUAUGAAAUAUCGAAAUUUUCUUUUUUAGGGAGGAUCCGAAAACACGCAGAACAUGCCUAUUGUGAUAUCGAAGAUUUUCAAGGGAUUGCCCGGUAAGAUUAUGGAGGAUAAAAUAUCUAAGCCGUCUAUUUUAAGCUGAUGAGUGCGGCGAGCUCUUCGUCGGUGACGCAAUCGUAGAAGUCAACGGAGUUUCUAUAGAAGGUAUGUAAUGAAAUUGAAAGUAAAAGCUGAGAAUAAUCUCAUAACUCAUAACAAAUCGUUAAUGCGGCAAUAACAAGGCUGCUAGAACCAAUCUAGCUUUCAGGCCAAAGCCACGAUGAAGUGGUAAACAUGUUGAAGUCAAGCGGUGACCAAGUGACUCUCGGUGUCCGCCAUUUCACCCACAUGACGCCGUUUCUGAAGUGAGUCUGUUCUUUCUCCUUCUCUUCCCUUUCCCUUUCUCCCGGCUUGUUUGUUGCUUCGCAUAUCCUUCCUUUCUCUUUUUGGCCUUCCGUUGUUGUUUUGUGCAGAAGACUCCAAGAAGAGGGACGGGAGACACAAGGAGCAGAAGAAGAAGAAGAAGAAGAAGAAGAAGAAGUAGAAGAUGGGAAGGAAAACGAAGCAGAAGAAGAAACACGAGAAGAAACAACAUAAAACUGAUGGAUUAGAGUGUGGAAGAGCUGCGCAAGGGUGGUUGUUGGCAAGCGCUUCGCAGCACCGCCUCUUGCCAUCUUCUUCCUCUCCCCGAUGAAUGCUUUUCACUGCAUUUGAAAUUCAGAAAUGUGCGCGCGGUUGUGUUGGCCAUUGCCACUGAGGGGAAUGGAGAAUGGCGAGGAGGCGCAAUGUUUGUCAAGAUACAUUUGGUUGGUGAUGGUAGAUAAUGCAUGAUAUUCGAGGGAGAAGGGAGAGAGAGAGAAAGGAACAAUUAAAACAGUAGGCUUGCAGACCGGCACAAUCCCUACAGCCAGAUGGCACAUUGGACCAGUUGUUCGACGGAAGAAGCACUAGAGUAAGGCUAAUGAACCAUAAAAAGAGGACAGAAUUCAUUUGUUUAGGAUUAGAGAUAGGUUUGGAGUGAUUUGAACAGAACCAGAAAACGUUCGCGAAUCUCACGCUAGGGUUUUCAUCAGACUUGCAAGAUUUUGGGCCGGGCUGAAGAUUUUAACGAAUUUUUUCGAAAACAAAAAACCUGGGUUUAGAAUUUCAAAUAUUGAUCCGGCCCGACCCGUUGUAAGUGUGGUCUUCAUAAGUUUCAAAACUCAAUUCCUAAUUCAAUUCCAGAGCAAGAAAUCACAGUCCGAACUUGGUUUAUCGGAUUCAAAAUGGUCGGCGCACCUCGAUGGGCGCGAGAAAAAAUGGAAAACGCUGACCUCGCUGCCACUGGCAAUGGCCUAUGUCACCAGAUACCUUUGGGGAACUGACAAUAUCAGGUUCGCUUCAGAUUUCAUCCGCACACGCGGACCUUAUAGUGUCCACAAAAUAAACAAUGCAGAACCAACUCAUUCGAAGUCCGCGCCGUCGACGGAAGAUCCUCUGGAAUUGUGCAUUGCGAAGACACUUCCGCUCUCGAGCAAUGGAUUGCACACAUCAGCAAGCACAUUCUGUCGUUGAAUCACAAGAGCAUCAAAAUGAGCAAUAAGUACCUGCAUCAGAGCGAGCAGGUGAGUUUUGAAAAAUAUUAAAUUAUUAUUUUGAAACUCAAAAAGUGAGAAAAGUGGCCAAUAAUGUCUACUCACUGGGACCGGAAGCUUUGUUAAUCUAGUUACGGACUAGACUGAUCCAUCUGCUGCCGAUUUUUUGCAUCGCAUUAAAAAGAUGAUUUCUAAGCAUCUCUACAACCUUUUCUUUUUGCAGAUCAGCUACAUUGGAUGGGUAAACGAAUACCUGAACGACGAUGAUCAAGAAGAGCUGAAAAUCCGCUGGCAACCACGUUUUCUCAUACUAAAAGGCAGCGAUGUCUGCUUUUUCGAUGUGCCACCGGUAAGUAAUCGGAGAAAAACGAUACUCAGGGUUGGGUUUCAAACAAAACAAGUAUGCUUUUAGCUCAACUCGGAAGACCUCAACAAAUGCAUCUACCUGUACAAAUGCUAUGAUGUGGCCGUGAAACAAGUGAGUUGACACCGAGACUCACCCAGCCAAAAUGACUGCGUUUCCCUCAAUUCAGGUGCCGAGCACGAGUCCGAGACGCGACAAGCGAGAUAAUUGCUUCCUGAUCGAGACCCCGCUGCCAAUUCCCAACCACUACUUGUCAUUCGAGUCAGCUUCUGGUUUUGAGCUCUUCGAACAAGCCUACUACAGAACCGUGUAUAAUACUGUGUCUCAGAUGCAGGUGAGUUGCUUUGAGUUAAACACGUUUAGAACUUUUUUUGCAGUCGAGAACUUUCGCAUGCAACUUUGAGGGUCGGCCGAGUGGUAUUGUGUUUGAUAUCAAGCAAGGAGUUAGUCUUUAUGAUAUUCCUACAAAGGUUAGAACUGAUCCUUUUUUAUCCAAGUGUUAUACUGUUUUUUUCUCAGAGUUACAUCUGGCAGUACCGCUUCAAAGACCUUCAAGCCGUUGCCGACGAUGGAAAACUAUGCGUUCAACUAUCGUUUAAUGAUGACAGAUCUUUGAACACCGAAAAGAUCGAAGUGAAAGUAAGUCACUACUUUUCUUCAAUACAAAACUUUCUUCUAACGUGUACUCAUUUGCAGGACAUUGAGUGUGAAGACGUGGUGACCGUUGUUUUCAACCUUCAUUCAUUUGUCCUUGCCAAGAUUGUGUCCACAGAUCCGGAGUACUUGAAAGCUAGCCGAUAUGUUGGAAAUGCUGAAGAGUGA